AUGGAGGGCUCUUCAGAGACCGCUGAAUCGCGGCAUUAUGGGAAGCGAAGGUUGAACCGGGCUUGUGCGCACUGCAAGGCCGCGAAAACGAAAUGCAUUGUUGAUCCGGGGAGUGAGAGCUCUUGUGUUCUCAUUUCAAGCUCGAGUGUGUGGCAGCGGUACCUGCCGUUCGUAGGCGAAGGCAAGACAGGACCUCGUCGUGUAUCGGAUUUAGAGCAGAAGCUGGACAACAUUGUGACCUUGCUCACCAAUCCUCAGCAAACACAAAAUGUUCCACGAGGGUUCGACAACUCAGUUCCAGAUCUUUGGACUUCACCCGAAAGUCAGGAUACAUCCAACUUCGAGCCCAGUCCUUCUUACGGAGAUGAAAGAGGUGUGGUCAUUGCACCUGAGCUACGAUCCGGCUCGCAACCAUACGAAUCCCAAUCCUCGACUUCGAAUUUGGACGAGCCCCCUUUCCCAGCCGAGCCAAUGCUCCCAAUAAGGACAACCCGAAUAAUUCCCACGCAAAGCGCUCUACCCCCAUUCCGGCCUCACCAAUCCAUGUCACUCGAUCCAGAUGAGCUGUUGUCGUACUUUCGAAACCAUAUGACUGAGCAAUUUGUGUUUGUAGUUGUGCCGGAAGGUGUCACGGCUCGGAAUUUGAGACAACAGAAGCCUUUCCUUUUGGAUUCUAUACUACUAGUAGCCGCUAAGCAGAGUGUCGCUUCGCAGAAGGAAGCCGGAGAUAAGUUACUAGCUUUUCUCGGUGAGCGUAUGCUACUACGAGGUGAAAAGAGUCUUGAUCUGCUACAGGGACUUCUGGUGUACCUCGCAUGGGGUAAUUACCAGUUUCAUAACAGCGCGCAGAUGUCAGCACUCCUUCAAUUGGCCGUCGCCCUGUUGGCAGAGCUGGAGUUAGGGAAAAUGCUUCCAAGCCCGCCUGAUCCUAAGAAAUCGCUCGUGCAUGUGGUAGGAAUUAGUUCCACAGCACCAGCUAAGGCUUUGGCGGUCCAUACUCCUGACGAGAUGCGAGCUUUUCUAGGGUGUUUCUAUCUCAGCUCUUUAUUCUCGCAGUGCUACAAGAAGUUGACAGCAAUGAGAUACACGCCGUAUAUUGAGCAUUGCUGUACAGCGCUAGACGAAGCUGCGGAGUAUACGACAGACAUCUACUUGACGGCUCUGGUUCGCAUUCAAUUAUUCUUGUGUAAAGCCAUCGAGUCUCUACCACUCGAGGAGGCGGAUAGAUCCUCAGCAACAUUAAGAAUGUACGUGAAGUCAAUGCAGAAAGAGCUCCAAGACUUCAGAGCAAGUCUUUCAAAUAGUGGAAGCUAUACUUCACGCCUCUCCUACGAUCUCCUCCUCCUGCACUCCUACAGCGUAGAGACCAGCCUCCUCGAGAUAGGCCUCUACGAACCCCAUCACACUACAUCUCAAACGCCAAACCUCCGCCACCUGGAUCAACUCUCAUCCUGCCUCACAGCCACCAAAACCUUCUUCGACCACUGGUUCCAAGUCCCAAACACCAUCUAUAUCCUCCUCCCAAUCGUAGCCUGGUCCGAACUCGCAAACGUGACCAUGGCUGCCUCGCGUCUCGUCCUUCUCGAGUACCCAGGCUGGGACCUGGAACAUGCUCGCGAAGUUGCUGAUUUCGCGAAUACAUUAGAUAGGCUUGCGGCUCGGAUCGAGGAAGCGAUGGAGAGCUUGUUUGCGGGGAAUAAAGGCGCAGAUGCUGAGGGCGUGUUGUUGAGAUAUGCGCAGAGGUUGAGGUGGGUGAAAGGGUGGUAUGAGGCGAGGAGCAAGGAGGGGCAGGUCGAAGUUUUGGAAGAAGUCCCCACUAUGGUAGGUGGUGAUUUUAUGAAUUUGGAUGAUAUGUUUUGGCAGGAUUUUUCAGGGGAGUGGAGGGGUGUGUAUGGGGCUGAUAUUCCGAUUGGGUAGAGAGGUGUUGAGAUGCUCUUUGGAUACUGGUAGAUUGUAUUGAGGGACUUUGAGUUGAGUUGAGUGUCUUGGG